CACCCCCACCAUCGAUUAGCAAUUCCACUGAAAGGGCAGGCCUGGCAUGGCCUGAGAGAGAAGAGGACUGAGGUUUUCUAUCCAUCAUCUAUCUUCUCCUACCUCUCAUUGUUUAAUCAUCACCGCGCAUUUUAGCAAGUCUGAGCCUGCCCUGCUGCUGCUGCACCAUCAUCUUCCCUAACUCCCCAAUUUCACUUCCGCUUUCGCCAAUCGAAAAGCAAAAGCGCACCACCCACAAACCAGUUCAUCAUUUCUAUCUCCACACACACACACACACAGACACUCUUCAAAUCAAAUCCCAUUCGAAGAAGAAGAAGAAGAACAGCUAGCACCAGAUUAAAGCUCUCCUCUAAUCCAAUUUCACAAUUGAAAUGGAGAAAGUUGUCGUCGUCGUGAUUAACUGCGAGCUCAAGGCUUCUGGAAUAGUGUAGAUCCGAUCGAAUCGAAUCGAAUCGAACUUUCCUUCAACUUCUCUCCUCUAUUUCCCUCUCUCCUCCAUUUCCCUUUCUCUCUCUAGAAUGGACUGCAAGCAGCAGCGAGUGAUAGCCGAGAAUUUGGAUCCGGAGAGGAAAAGGAGCGGCGGAUUGAGGACGAAACAAGCUGGGCGUGGUUCCUGCAGAGGGAGUUAGCCUUCUUCCUUCACCCAUUUUCAAAAAAAAUAUUUCCGAAAGGGAAAGGGAUUCGUAGUUAUGUUUGAGGAAUAAUCAAUUCCAUACAUAACAACAUAUUGCAUACUCCUUCCUUCCCUCCCUUCAUCCUCUCUCUUUCUCUCUCUCUAUCUCUUCCCUCUCUCUUUCUCUCUCUCUCUCUCUCUCAUUUUAGGGCCGAAUCUUCUGCUAAAUCUUCACACACACACAAACACACAGUCAAUGGGUUACUUAUUGAAAGAGGCUUUGAAAACCCUUUGUGGUGUCAAUCAAUGGUCUUAUGCUGUUUUCUGGAAAUUUGGCUGCCAAAAUCCCGAGCUAUUAAUUUGGGAGGACUGUUACUACGAACGCUCCUUGCCGGAGAAUUUCCCAUGGUUUUCCGUCGUCGAAAAUGGCUGUUUCCGAGCAAGGGACAAUGUGCAUUUGCUGGUGGACAACAUGAUGAUGGAUAGCCGUGUCGUUAUUUUGGGAGAAAGGCUAGUCGGACGAGUCGCCUUCACCGGAAGCCAUCAAUGGAUCCUUUCCGAGAAUUAUAACCAAGAAGCUCAUCCACCCGAGGUUCUAAAAGAGCUGCGCCGCCAAUUCUCUGCUGGAAUGAAGACGAUCGCGGUUAUUCCGGUUCUUCCUCAUGGUGUUGUUCAAUUUGGAUCUUUCUUGACCAUCAUGGAGAGUUCGGGGUUCGUAAACAACGUGGCGUCGUCGAUAGUCGAGCUGGAUUUGUUCGCCGGCGUCUUUCCAUCGGAGGAGUAUGCAGCAAAGGAACAAUCUUUAAAAGUUCGGAUCGAAAAUCCCCUAUUCGAAAGUUCGGAUUACAUCAGAUACGCAGGACAGGGCGUCGCAGUCGACGCCGAAACUUCGUUUCCCUUUGUCGAAGAAAUCCAAAAGAAAAAUGUCGCGGCAUUUCAGGAAUUCAACGUUGCUCCGGCGCUCGCGAACUCGGGAUUUACGAAUGGAAUGGCGAAAGCUGAAGUUAUAACGUCAACUUCGGAAAACUCGACGAAAAUCCGUAAUGGUUCUCUUUACGGCUCGGCUUACGGUUUGAACGAUCGUACAAUUAGCAAUACGAAACCGAUUGGCGAUGGAAAUAUCCGUCCGAAUUCCAGCGAGCGUAAAAAUGCGACCUUUACGCAGCGGGAAGCAGCGAUAUCGAAUUCCGUUGACCUCUUCGCAGCCGAUUCGUUUCUUUCCGAGUGCAACGAUGCGUAUGUCGAACCUCGAUGGGGAGACGAUCUGUUCGAUGUUUUGGGACCCGAUUUCAAGAACCAGCUCUUCAGGACUCGAUCAAAACAUUUAUCUAUCGACGACGAUAUAUCGAAGACUAGUCGUUGGGAUACCCGAAUUUCAACAGGGAAGAAAACGUUAGAAUUUUGUUCGGCUGAUCGAGGGAAUUCCGAGAGCGGGAUUUUCUCAUCCGAAACCGACAAUCUCUUGGACGCGAUGGUCGCUCGGGUUUGCUCGUCUGCAAACCCGAGCAUGGAAGAUAGUCUUUCUUGCAAGACGACAUUGACGAGCAUGAGCGGCAAUACUUCGAUUCCUUUCUACGACCAGUCCGACGCUUCGGCUGUCGUUAACGGUGAGCUUCUGGGUGUUCCGAAGUAUUUUGCGAAGUCUGGAGCGUCGAAUAUCGACAGUUCGAUUUACGGGUCACAAAUAAGUUCAUGGAUCGAGAAAGAAAAGCAGAACAACAGCGUGUCCUCGUGCCAGUCGACGAAGAAGUCAAACGAAACGAGCAAACCGGGUCGUAAGAGGCUUAAGCCAGGAGAAAACCCGAGACCCCGACCCAAGGAUCGACAAAUGAUUCAAGACCGUGUGAAGGAGCUGAGGGAGAUCGUGCCGAACGGCGCGAAGUGCAGCAUCGAUUCGCUGCUCGAGCGCACGAUCAAACACAUGCUUUUCUUGCAAAGCGUAAUGAAGCACGCCGACAAGCUGAAACAGACCGGAGAGUCCGAGGUUUGUAAUAAAAAAACAUUCGAUCGAUAUAUAAGAAACCCGAUAUCUAAUGAUUGUUGUCUUUUUAAAUAUAAGGUUACGAGCAAGGAUGGAGGAGUUACGUGGGCGUAUGAAGUCGGGGCGCAGUCGAUGGUCUGUCCUAUCCGAGUCGAGGAUUUAAAUCAGCCGCGCCAAAUGCUCGUCGAGAUGCUUUGCGAGGAAAGCGGUUUGUUUCUAGAAAUAGCCGAUGUAGUUCGAGGGCUCGGGCUAACGAUUUUGAAGGGAAUCAUGGAGACUCGGAACGACAAGAUUUGGUCUCGAUUUACCGUAGAGGCGAAUAGGGACAUCACAAGGAUGGAAGUUUUCGUGUCGUUGGUUCACCUCUUGGAGCAAAGCGCAAAGUCGGGCGACGAAUCCCUAAUGUCUCAACAACUUUACGUGCCUGGUAUAUCUUCGAGUGUUACCGAUCCGAUUUGAUAUUACGAUUAGUUCGGACGCGUUGAGAGCGAGCAAAGUUCAAGCCCGCCGUGACUAACACGUCUCGUAGAAAUCUAGUCGACUUUGUAUUUUGUGUUUGUAGUGCUGCAUUCCCUCGCAUUUGUUCGUGCCUUUUUCUGUUACGACGUAUUGUUUUGGAUUGAAUCGCAAUGUAAAUCGUUGAUCUGCUGUCGAUUUUUCGGUACAGCUUCUUACAGUAAUCUGCGUCGCAUCGAUC